UGAUAAUAAAACAACAGAGCUGCACGCGCCGAUAUCCGUAUUAGCCAAUCAGAAUGGUUCAUUCUCACGGUGUUACAUGAAAUCAUAAAUGAUUAUUAUCUAUGAUGGUUUAAAAUGGGAAAUUCUUUCCCACGACAGAACAAUAGGCUUGACUUUAGUGGGCACGCGCCUGCUUCACCGUUUCGGGUUUAAAGAUAGCUGGCUUAUUUACCGUUAGUAGAGUCUGGCACUGCCAACGAGUGAAGACAUAGAACGAACAUAUAAAAAUUUAAUUUUCUUUUUGGAUAAACGGAAAAUAUGGAACUAGUUGAACGACAUCCUCUUAAAGAGAAGCGAAGAGCCAACAAGCCGCUGCUUGAACGCAAAAGAAGAGCAAAAAUAAAUGAUAGUUUGUCAGAUUUAAAGAAUUUGGUCCUCUCGUCACUCAAUAAGGAUGUUUCAAAAUAUGCAAAAAUGGAGAAGGUCGAUAUUCUGGAUAUGACUGUCCAAUUUUUGAAAUCGCAAUGUGUCGAUAAACGAAAAGAUGACUACUCGUCUGUCUACAGAGCAGGAUAUAGUGAAUGUACGAAAGAGAUGUACCAAAGCAUCAUGACUAUGGAAGGAAUUGACCAUAUAAUGAAAUGUCGAAUCCUGUCUAACCUUGCGUUAAACUGCCGACCAGAAGAAAAAAUUCCGUCUCCUCCACCAAGUCCAACUUUUUCUAACACUUCAAGAAGUCCGAUACCCAGUCCAACGGGCGGCAUAACGUCUAAAUCUUGUAUUUCAACUAUAUUUAACCCAUCGUCCCGACAUGUUGCUGUUCCUAUGGUAACACCGCGGAAUACACUUCUCCCUAAUAUUCAUCAUAACGAACAUGGCGGAUAUAAUACUAUCCCUGAAACGGUAGCAAUUAGAACAGUUUUACGACCAACACCUAAACAACAAAUUACAUAUUGUACCGAGCACGUUGCACAGAAACAUAAGUCACGAUCUACACAAGCAUCAAAUGUUUGGAGGCCAUGGUGAACUCAAAGAUAUUUAUGAACUAAUUUUCAUUUUAAACUAAUUUAAAAAUUUAGUAAGGUUUUCGUAUGUUUUUAUACGCCAAAAAACACCCGUCUCAUAACAGAUACUUGAAAAGGAUUUUAUCAUUUUGUGUCGAUUUAUCGAGAAAUUCCGGGGUGAAGUUAGAUAAGUAGUUAAUUGUACAUAUGUAAAUGUAGCUAUUAUAUUUUGCCCUUUUUGUUAUUCUAUUUUAUAUAGUUGUAGAUAUUGUUAUAUAUAACAUGGCCCCUCUCUCUCCCUUUUUACAUGUGUAUUUUAUAUUUUUCGGAAAGGAGAGAAAAAUGAUAAUUUAUAAAAUGUAGAUAAAACGAAGUAGUUAUAUGUUCGUAAAAAAAAAAAGUCAAAUAGCGAUGUAAAAAAAUAAAUUGUUUUGUUGAGAAAACACAAAAGAAAUAUUUUUCUAUGAAAAA